UAUUACUUCAUUUAAAUGCCGUAGGGAAUAUCUACUUUACGCAACAACUUUUACAGGUGAAAACAUAUUUUUAUAUAAAAUACCAAAUACUUCUUCACAGUCCAUUUAAUAACAAAGCAAUCAUAUAACAAAACAAGCCGUUCCAAAUGUUUACAAUUUCGUAACUUAGAAUUAAGAAUUCAACAUUAAGGAAAUCGUAUUACUUGGUGAUCCUAGUAGAAAGUCCAACCACUUUCUGCAACCAAGGGGAAACACGAUGCACCGAUGCAACAAACGAACAGAACACUUCCGAUAAACGCAGGCACUGGACGUCUUCUAUACAGACCAUAUGUUCAGUUCUUAAUUCGAAUUCUAAGUAACAGACAUUUUUUUUUCAAUAUGAGGACGCGACCAGUUUUGACGUUUUCGAAAUUGGACCCUGAGACUGGGGAGUUGUUGGAUAGGAUGUUUGAUAAGGAGGAUUGUAUGGUGGAGAUUAAUCCUGGGAGGGUGAUCCUGCCGGCGGACUACAUGACCAUUGGACAGGAUAUCUUGGAUAUGGAGGUCCAUGACACCGAUGUCUGGAUGUGCUCUUAUCCGAGAACUGGCUCAACAUGGGCUCAGGAAAUGGUCUGGCUCAUUGGACACGAUUUAGACUACGAGGGAGCUAAAUCCUUGCAGCAAAUUAGAUGUCCCUUAGUGGAGCUUUCAUGUAUCAUGGUGGCUGGGCACUCGACGUGGCACAAGGAGUCUGUGCAGGGCACCUCCGUGGACCUAGUGAAGCACAGGCUACCGUAUCCUCGUUACAUCCGCAGCCACCUGCCAUGGGACCUCCUGCCGGUCAGCAUUGAGCGCGCUGACGGCUCGGCAAGACCUAAGGUGAUCUACACAUCCCGCAACCCUAAAGACAUGGUGGUAUCAUACUAUCACUACUGCACGCUGGUGCACGGCCUCAAGGGCACCUUCGAAGAGUUCUGCGACCUCUUCAUGAGGGACCGGGCCCCCUUCGGACCCGUUUGGAACCACAUACUUGGCUUCUGGAACCGCCGCCACGACCCGAACGUUCUCUUCAUUAAGUUCGAGGAAAUGAAACAUGAUCUACCUUCAGUAGUCAGGAGAACGGCUGAGUUCCUCAACAAAGACCUAACUGACACCCAAGUCGACAAACUCUGCGACCAUCUCUCCUUCCAAAACAUGAAGACCAAUCGAGCUGUCAAUCUGGAAGCCAUCUUGGAAAAGUCUUUCGGCACCAGCUAUUUGGAAUCCACGGAUUUGAGGUUCAUUCGCAAAGGGGAAAUUGGUGAUUGGAAGAAUUACAUGUCCGACGACCUUUCUCGAAGGUUCGAUGAAUGGGCUGAACAGCAUUUGAAGGGGACAGAACUCAGCUUUGAAUAAGAUCUUUUUGAAGAUUUAUUUUACGUUGAUUUUGAGGAACAAAGUUUAGUUUUGUAAUUGUUUUAAUCAUUGUAUGGUAAGCAGUUUUAAAAUGUUAAGGUCCGAAUUACACUUGCCACUGGCUAGAAUUUUGAUAAGUGCAUUGAUUAAUGUGUCUUAAUUGAUAAAAAAAACAGUAUUUACCUGUAAUCGGGUUAGGCACAUAGACAUAAUGGAAAUAUUCGAAACGUAUUUUGUUUAACUUACGCAAUAAUUGUUUAUUUUUAACUUAUGAUUACGUAUCUUUUAUUGUUUUAAAAAUAUAUGUUUUCGUUACUUCCUGACUAUUUCAUUGAUUUAUUUUCCUGAACUAAUUGCUACUUCAAUUCAAAUGUACAAAAAUGUCAUGUUAAGUUUGUUUUUUGUUUAUGCGACUUGUUUAGGUCCUUCUGACCACACCUGUAGCAUAAUACACGAGUUUUGCAAAGCAUUACUGUGUCGAGGUAACCUUGCGGUUUUAUUCAAUACAGGCUAGGGAUCAAUGUGACUUUUCAAACUUACUUUCUUAAUGAAUCCCAGAUCACUGACAAACGGUGAAGGCAAAUGUCAUGAGGUUAAAUGGAUUUCAAAUAUUCGAAUCUGAAGUCGCUAAGCUGCAGUGAGCUAGCAUGGCUCAUCGAGAAGAGGGCCGUGCCCUACAGUGUGACGUAUAUAGGCUGAUUUUAACACAAUGCCAUGGGUGAAUAGCCUACAACUUGACCCUAAAGUAUUAAAGGCAAGGAAAUAAAACAACAAAUAAAGAUAAUACAAACGUCAAUAAUGACAUUUAUCGUCGAAAGUUAACAAUAAAUACAUUCAGUAGAAGUCAUGGUGAAGCUUUUAUUUAUAUAAUACAGAAACUCAAAUAAUAUACAAAAAUAUAAUAGGUAGGUGUAAAUGACAACGUGGAUAAUCUCAAAACGACUAGACAGUUAUAUUAAUUGACUUAUAACAAUUAGCUGCUGCAGUGAAGUUUAUAA